AUGUGGUCGCCUGUGUGCCCCGCAGUGUCGGCUCUGGUGCUGCUCCUGCAGGUACUGGCAGCUGCAGGUUUGGGAGUCAAUGAAUAUUUAUAUUUCCAAGUCCUGAGCCCCGCAGACAUUCGCUACAUCUUUCACACACCUGGCAAAGACUUUGGUGGCAUUUUUCACACCAGAUACGAGCAAAUCUACUUGGUUCCAGCAGACCCCCCGCACGCCUGUGGUGACUUGAACAAUGGGGCUUUUAUCCAGGAUCAGAUCGCCCUGGUUGAGCGAGGGUGAGGCCUGUUCUUCCUCUCCAAAGCCCGGGUUAUCCAGGAGCACGGUGGCAGGGCAGUGAUCAUCUCAGACAACACAUUUGACAACGACACCUACAUCGACAUGGUUCAGGAUGGGACAUCCCAGGAGAGUGAGAUUCCUGCUCUCUUCCUCCUGGGGAAGGACGGGUACAUGAUCCGCCGAUCGCUGGAGGUCCACGGGCUGCCCUGGGCCGUCAUCUCCAUACCAGUGAACGUGAGUGGGAUCCCGACCUUCCACCUGAAGCAGCCGCCCUGGACUCUCUGGUGAAGAGGCGGCGCCUGAAGAACCGGCUCGAACAAACACCUUGUGAUACUUGUGGUUUGAUGUUUUAUUUGAAUCCUUCCUUCAGUUUCAGCUCCUAAGCAGUUUGUUCCCCACUCAGCCUCUCCCGCAGGUUCCGGGGUAGACCUGUUGCCCGAUCCUCAGUGGAGGUUGCUCUGACCCAGGGGUCAGCAUCUGGGCCCUUCUGUCCUGUGACCAGGAGGAACUGGGGCAGGAACCGUGGCUGACUAUCCCUGCUCACGUGGGUUCUGUAGCCUAACGGUGAGCCCCUGAAAUAGUAAUUGGCAGCUCUGGAGCCACAGUGGCACAGCGGGAAGAGCCACUUCCUUAAUUUCCAGCGACCCAGGUUUGAUCCUGCCCUCCGCCUCCGUCUGUGUGGAGUUUGCACGCUCUCCCUUUGACCGUGUGUGUUUCCCCCGGGUGCUUCAGUUUCCUCCCACAUCCCAACAAUGUGUGGAUCGGUAGGUUAAUUGGCCGCUGUAAAUUGCCCCCUGGCGUGUAGUUGAGGGGUAGAAUCUGGGGGGAGUUGAUGGGAGUGUGGGAAGAAUAAAGUGGGAUCAGUGUGAAUGGAUGGACGAGGGUUGGCACAGACUCGGUGGGCCAAAGGGCCUGUUUCCAUGGUGCGUGGUUCAAAUCCACGACAGAUGAGGAAGUUAAUCUUAACACAAGCAAGGAAUUUCAUUGCACCUAUGAAACUAAACUGAACUCAUUAAAUAGAGUUAACAAAUAAAUCUGGAAUAAAAAGUCAGUUUUGGGAAUGGUCACCAGCUUUAGUCAGAUCAUCAUUGAAAGCUCAUCUGGUCUACUGGUGGCAUCAGGAGAACAAAUCUUCUGUCUUGACCCCAUCUGACUUCAGUGUGAGUUGGGACCCACAGUAAUGAGGCUGAUCUGUAAAAUAAAGUCUCCAAAGUAGCCCAGUAAGGCACACAGUUUAGGCACCAAUAAGAGGUAGCUUUGCCUGUGAUUCACACAACCCCUGAAAAUAACAUUUGGCGAGACUUCAUUUGGGGUUCAUGUUCUAGUCUCCUUGUUUACAGCAGAACAAAAUGGGUCUCAGAGUGAGCGAGGAGCAGGGUCACUGGAUUGGAACAGAACAGAACAUCUUGAAAAGGAUAGUAGGACUGAGCAGUCACAAUGGAGAAUCUCAUUUGAUUAAUCUGCUGGAGUCCUUGAGGAUGGGACUUGCAGAACAGAGACGGGGAACCAGAGGAUGUAUUUGGAUGUCCAGGUUUUCAAAAGGCCCCACAAGGGAGGUUGGUUAGUCAGUAAGGACAAAGCACAUGGAGUUGGGGUGAUCUACUGAUGUGGAUUGAGAAUUGGUCAUCAGACAGAAAGCAAUGAGUGGGAAUUGAUAGGCUGGUUACCGGGGGAUUGGUGCUUGGACCCAACGAGUCACAAUCUGUAUCAUUGAUUCGUCCAAGGUUACCAAACGUUAUGUUUGCUGACAAAACUGUGGGAUUGUGAGUGGGGAGCAGGGCGUAAAGAGGCUUUGGGGGAUGUGGACAUGCUGAGUGGGGGAGAACGUGGGCAGAUGAAAUAUCAGGCAGAAAAAUGAGAGGUCUGCCUUUAUAGUGAACACAAAACAGCAGAGUAUUUGUUAAAUGGCGAGAGAUUGGGUAGUGUUGACGUUCAAAGGGGUCUGGUGUGCUGGUACACAGUCACUGAGUAGGAGAGCAAAUAGUGGGUUAGCCUUAAUUCUGAAAAGGAGUCAGGAAGUCUUUCUGAAAUUGUAGCUUAAAAAAAAUGCUGGACAAACUCAGCUGGUCAGGCAGCAUCUGUGGAGGCAGAGGGACGGUUGAUGUUUUGGGUUGAGACCCGGAAUCUCUCUUGCUCACCUUACUGAAACUGUAGAGGGCCUUAAUGAGUCAGUACCUGAACUACUGGGUCCAGUUCUGGUCUUCCGUACCUCCAAAAGGAGGGACUUGCUAUAGAAGCCGUGCUGCAAAGAUUCACCAGCCGGGCUCCUGCGUUGGCAAGUUUACUGCACAAGGAGGGAUUGAACAGACUAGGACAACGCUCCAGUGUUUAGAAGAAUGAGCAGUAAUCUCAUUGAAAUGCACAGAAUUCUUACAGGGCUCAUUGGCGUAGAUGCAGGGACAAUGCCCUUGACUGAGGUAUUAAGGAGAUUAAGGUCUCAAAACAAAGGGUUGACCAUUCAGGACCAGGAUGAAAUUUCUUCACCCAGAGAGUGAUGAACCUUUGGGUCUCUGCCCUGGAGGGCACUGUGGAGCCAUUGUUCAGGAUGUAGAUCGAUAGCAGUGUGGGACAUCUUAGUGCAGGAGAGGAGCACUGAGGUGCAUCAGCUGUGACGUUGAGUGGUGGAGCAGACACAAGGAGCUGAAUGGGCCACUAUCUCACUUGCUCUCAUUGGGUCACAACCAAGCCACCAUUCCUCCAAAGCAAAGGGACCUGAUAGAGUGGAAGUCAUUGACUUAUUUAGGUGGUGAGGGUGGGUAUAGGUUGAUUUGGAGGGGUCAGGGAGGAGAGGUCAUGUCGGACAUCCCACUCCGCUGUCAGAACAAGCCCUGUGUGCCUGUGAAAGAAAUUGGGAGCUUUAAGUCCCAAAUGUUACAGCUGUACAAGUUGUUGGUGAGACCACACUUGGAGCGUUGUGUGUAGUUCUGGUCGCCCAGCUAUAGGAAGGGUGUCCUUAAGCUGGAAAAGGUGCAGAAAAGAUUCACGAGGGGUUUGAGUUAUAAGGAAAGGCUGGGACUGUCUUCCUUGGAUCAUUGGAGGCUGAGGGGUGACGUUACAGAGGUUUAUACAUUCAUGAGGGGCAUAGACAGGGUGGAAGGUCACAGCCUUUUUCCUGGGGUAGGAGAGUCUAAAACUAGAGGGCACAGGGUUAUGGUGAGAGGGGAAAGAUUUAAAGGGGACCUGAGGGGCAACUUUUUCACACAAGGCAGAGGGUGCUGGGGAUAUGGAACAAGCUGCCAGAGGAAUUGGUAGAGGUUAUGUUUAAAAGACAUUUGGACAGGUUCAUAGAUAAGAAAGAUUUAGAGGGAUUGGAGCCCAAUGCGGGGAACUGAGCCCAGCUCAGGUGGGCACCUUGGUUGGCAUAGAUGAGUUGGGCCAAAGGGCCUGUUUGUGUGCUGUGUUACUCUGUGACCCAGUCUGUUCAUUCUGUCCUUGUGGUACACCCUUUCUGGUAAUGAUCCUUGUAAAUCUCUGCACCCUCCACAUGGCCUUGGGUAUUUCUGUAGCAAGCAUUUCUCUCUGUCUCUCUCUCUGGAAAUAUCCCUGGAACGCUUGGUUUGCUUCCUCUGUGGCCUUGUUAACCUGCGGCACAACUCCUGGUGUGUUUGUGCUCCCAGAUCCCAGUGUUCCUGUACACUACCCAGUCUUGUCCCUUCCGCACCAUAAGUGACCUCCCUCCCAAAAACUAUUACUUGACAUUUACCUGUGUUGAACCCCAUUUACCCAUCUGUAAGUUUAUUAAUACCCUCGCGUUACAAUGACGGCCUCAUCAGGGACAGCGCAGAACGUGCUCACCCACAGAUUUCGGGAACGAUUUACUGGUUGCAGGUACAGGGAGCAUGGUGACACAGCGGGUAGAGCCACUGCCUCACAGCUCCAGAGACCCGGGUUCGAACCCAACCUCUGGCGCUGUGUGGAGUUCGCACGUUCUCCCUGUGACCACGUGGGCUCCCCUUGGGUGCUCCGGUUUCUGCCCACGUCCAAACGACGUGCAGGGUCGGUGGGUUAAUCGGCCGCUCCCAAUGCGUGGGUGAGUGGGCCGAAUCUGGGGGAGUUGAUGGGAAUGUGGGGAGAAUGAGAUGGGAUCAGUGUAAAUGCGUUGGCAUAGACUCAGUGGGCCGAAGGGCCUGAUUGACAGUCAGCCUCCUGUUAAAGAUCAGCAGCUUGAACAUGUCAGAGGAUGAGAGAGAGUGAGAGAACACAGUCCCGAUUUAUUUCUUAAACCCUUUAUUGAGCACAUUUAAACUGGGUUGCACCUCAGUGCUUUGGGACAGUGGCUGAUAUUGUCAGCUCGUGUGUGACCGACCCAGAGAUGGUCCGACUAAUCAACGAUGUCUGUUUUAAAGGAAAGUGUUUAUAUAGAAUCUCUUUUCUCUCCACUAAUUGUAACAUAAAAAAUAUUCUAUUUC